CCCUUGGUGUCUCCAAAGAGACCAAAAACGAUUUUCCUCCACCCAAACCCAUAGCUGAUAGCCCUAUCUCCAAAUGAAAAGCCAACAAACCUUUAUUUAAAGACUAGCACAACAAUAGCCAUUUGGUCUCUGCAUAUCCAUUUCCUGUCUCCCUUGCUCCCUCUCCAGUUCUGGGAAAACCCGCCUUUCAGUUUGCUGUUCAACCCAUUUCCAGUUACUCCCAGGGCUAGGUGAAAAUGGCACAGAUUUUGGCACCAUCUACUCAAUGGCAGAUGAGAAUGACAAAAAACCCUGCCAAUGCAAGUCCCUUUACAACAAAGAUGUGGGGCUCUCUGUUCCUGAAACAAAAAACAAAAGGAACCGCUAAAUUUUCUACUAAAUUCAGAGUGUGUGCUUCAAAGUCUGAAAGCAGCACCGUCAACAGGCUUGAUGAUCUGCUGAAUAUGGACAUCAGACCAUACACGGAUAAGAUCAUUGCCGAAUACGUUUGGAUUGGUGGGACUGGGAUCGAUCUGCGUAGCAAGUCAAGGACAAUCUCCAAACCUGUGGAGCACCCAUCUGAGCUUCCCAAGUGGAAUUAUGAUGGAUCGAGUACUGGACAGGCACCCGGAGAAGAUAGUGAAGUGAUUUUAUACCCUCAAGCAAUCUUUAAGGACCCUUUUCGUGGUGGUAACAACAUCUUGGUAAUUUGUGAUUCAUACACACCAGCAGGUGAGCCCAUCCCAACAAACAAGCGCCACAGGGCUGCUGAGAUCUUUGGUAACAAGAAAGUCAUAGACGAAGUUCCAUGGUUCGGAAUAGAGCAAGAGUACACUUUGCUUCAACCAAAUGUGAAGUGGCCUUUGGGCUGGCCUGUAGGUGCCUAUCCUGGUCCUCAGGGUCCUUAUUACUGUGCUGCUGGGGCUGACAAGUCAUUUGGCCGUGACAUCUCAGAUGCUCACUACAAGGCUUGUUUAUAUGCGGGAAUUAACAUUAGUGGCACCAAUGGGGAAGUUAUGCCAGGCCAGUGGGAAUAUCAAGUUGGUCCUAGUGUUGGGAUUGAAGCUGGGGAUCAUAUCUGGUGUUCUAGAUACAUUCUUGAGAGGAUUACUGAACAAGCUGGUGUUGUCCUCACACUUGAUCCAAAGCCGAUAGAGGGGGAUUGGAAUGGUGCAGGAUGCCAUACCAAUUACAGUACAAAGAGCAUGAGAGAAGAUGGAGGCUACGAACUGAUAAAGAAGGCAAUUCUGAAUCUGUCACUUCGCCACAAAGAACAUAUCAGUGCCUAUGGAGAAGGAAAUGAGAGAAGAUUGACAGGAAAGCAUGAAACAGCAAACAUCGACACAUUUUCCUGGGGAGUGGCUAACCGUGGUUGUUCAGUUCGCGUGGGGCGUGACACUGAGAAACAAGGCAAAGGUUAUUUGGAAGAUCGCCGUCCAGCUUCAAACAUGGAUCCUUACAUUGUGACCUCGUUACUAGCAGAAACUACAAUACUAUGGGAGCCAACACUAGAGGCUGAAGCUCUUGCAGCUCAGAAGCUGGCAUUGAAGGUCUAAUUUCAUUUUAUUGAAGAUGGUAUGAAGGGACUCAGAGAACAAUCACCGGGGAUUAAUUUGUUAGGUGAUGUGCAAGGAAUAAUUUUUUUUCACUUUUCUGCUAGAUUCUGUAGAGAAAACUCAUGUAAAUAAAGUCCUUGAAGUGGUGGUUGUGUCUUCCUGGCCCUCUUUUUCAGUUUUAA